AUGCAACAAUUCGAGGAUGCUGUCGGUAGGAGAACUGCUAUCGAUCAAGAACAGGCUACUUUACUUGUGGAGUUGAACAAAAUGAAAGGCCAGAUUCAUAACUUUGAAGAAGCACGUCAGGGAGUUCAGAAAAAGAUCGAGGACGCUGCUACGAGUCACCUUGAACCCCAAAGUAACAAGAAUCACUACACAAAGAAGCUCGAAGACGAAACUACAAAGGUUGAAGCCAAUGAAGCCAUUACGAAACAGUUACAGGAGUUCAUGAACUGGACCUCGAGUGCUGAGGAGUACUGCGAACGGGUUGAAUAUCCCCGCAAAGUCGAUGUAGUGGAGCGCACUCUUGAAUCCAUUCAGAAAGUACUCAAAGAACGAGAGCACAGGCAUGGUGCAAUGGUCGAUGAAAUGACAAUUGAGGUGAACAAUGUGAAAGCUGUCCUAGAUAGCGUAGAAAAGGAGCUAAGAAGUCUCGCUGAAUAA